CCCUUCCUUUUGCAGCCUUGCUGCAGCCUGAGGUCACAGUGAGUGUGAAGGUUGAGGAGGUGCCCUCAGACAAGAUGCAGCCCACUGGGGCACUGCAGGACCCUGGUGAUUGCUGGCUGGAGCUGCCAAAGGCCCAUCACACCAACAGGUCACUGGGGGAGGCUGGACAGAGGGAAACCCUGGCACCUGGGGACAAGCCACCUUAUGUCCCCAAAGAGGAGCCCCCACCCCACCAGGAGUCAGAUUCCCCUGAAACUGAAGAGACCUGGGAGUUGUUGGCAGAUAGAAGCUUCUCAGGCUGGUGCCCCAAACAAGACUCUUCCCAAGAAGCAGGUGCUGGGACCCUGAGCAGAGCUGAGCAGCAGCCUCCUGAGGAGGGGCCUGUUAACCUGGAGCUGCAGAGGAUUUUCCCAAGGAGACUGGAGGAGAGGAGCUCCAUGGUACCUGAGCCAGGCCAAGUGCAGACGUGGCAAAGCAAACCUCCAGAGCAGGGGGAGAGCUUGGAGCUCCAGGAGGUGUUUGAAGAUGUGGCAGUGUAUUUCACACAGAUGGAGUGGGAGCUGCUGGAAAAUGAAGACAAGGUGCUUUACCAGGACCAGAUGCUGAGAAAUUUCCAAGCCCUCGUUUCCCUGGGUAAAGCUCUGCUUCUUGCUUCCCCGUGGAACUAUGUGAACUUUGAAGUUUAUUGUCUUCCUGUUUUUCAGCAGUAUCAUCCUCAUGCACCUUUGGCUGGUGGUUUAAAGAUGCUUCCUCCCCAUUGCUUUGUUAGUGAUCAGACCUCUCUUACAUAUAUUGACAGAUCCUCCUUCAUUUGAUCCAGCCACCUUCACUUGUGUCUUUCCCAUUCUUGUAGCUGCUGGUGCUUCCAUAUCCAACAGUUUCUUGAUAACAUGAUUUCCCUUUGCCUUGUCAACAUGUUCAUAUCAUCUUCAAUUCAUUGUGCAUCAAUUCACUAACAGUUCUUCCUUGGGGAAUAUUUCUAAUUUUCCCCUUCAAUAGUGUGUCCCAUCCAAACACAUUUAACAGUCCUAGCAUGCUCAGUUCAGUAAUAUCUAAAUGACCCAGCACAGGUUAAUGGAAGUUUUAUUAGCCGUUUCUGCUACAACAUGUGGAUGAUGCAUUUCCACAACUCUUCCUCUAGUGACAGGCGCACACAUGAUGGUACCCCAGGUACCUAUACUUCCAGGGGUCACUGGAAGCUUCUGUCCACAUUCCUACCUGUGGGUAUAGACCAGCGACUCUGGCUUUGCUGUAUUUAGCUUAAGGCCUGUGCUCUCAAGCUCACUCUGCCAUUCUCCAAAGUUUUCUUGUUCUUCUCCUAAAAUCCCCUCUGCAGAUCUUAUCACAGUGAU